CCUUUCCACCAAUCAGCGGAUUGUAUCCCACAAUGCAUUGGCCCACGAACAACAGGCGCGAAUUCACACUGUAUACUUUGUCAAGAGUGGGUGAUUUUAAGCUUAGUGUGAAAGGGAAUCUUGGAGCAAAAGACGCCAGCAAUGACUACUAGCAACAGCGGUACAGUUUUUAAAGAUGUCGUUGCCUAUGUGGAUGUGUGGUCAUCUGACAAGAGAGCCAACUAUUCGAAACCUUUCAUCGAGCAGCUACAGAAAAUGGGUGCUCAGGUAUCAAAAACUUUCAAUAAACAAGUCACGCAUGUGGUCUUUAACAAUGGUCAUGCUGCCACAUGGAAGAAAGCCAAAAAGAGUCAUGUGAAGCUCGUCUCUGUUUUGUGGAUAGGAAAAUGUCAUGAUGACGCUGUGCUGGUAGAUGAAGAGCUGUAUCCUGCCGUCAUUGAUGAAAGCAAUUUGGUAUUAAGGAACAAGCAACAUCGUUGCAUGCAGCCUAGAGACUGUCCAGAGAGGACACCAGAAAAUGACAGACGCAUGAAGAAGAAGUUAGAUAAACUGAUGAAAGACAUUGCUCCCAAGCAAACAAUGGUCACAGAUGAUUCACCUUUUGUUAUUGAUGAAGACAGUGGAAUUGUGUAUAGCCCGGCGUGUAAAAGGACUGAUUAUAUGGCAGAGCGCUUGAAACACAUGAAAGAGAAACGCGAAAAUAUCUCGCCCACAGUCUCACAAAUGUCUUCAUCACCAGGAGUGAAGCCCUCACUGGAGAACUCACCGACUGUCUUCAGGUUUUUUUAUGAAAAUUCUGAUGAGGACUCUAGUGCAUCUGUUGCUGAGCUUGGUCAUGUCCCUGACAAGGAAAAAGAUUGUAAAGAGAGUGAUGUGACUGAACAAAACAGCCCUGACAAACCCUUCAGCAAAGACUUGGCAAAGCCGUGGCUCUCGCCCUGUCGUGACAUUUCAAAACGCCCGUCCUUUAGUCCUUUAACAUGUCCUGACUUUACAAUAAAUGAAGUGGAAGGGAAGACGCCAGAAAAGCAAAGGAUGACUUCAGGAACAAAAUCAUUAAUAGAGAAACCUAAAUCUGUGGGUGAAGCACAAAGCCUCGGGGAGGAGGUCAAAUCUGCUGAUGACGAGCACGCCAGCAAAAGAAAGCGGACGUCACAGAUGCAUUCCUGCAGUUCUCUUAAUAAAAUGCUGGAGCAGACAAUUGACAAGUCUGAUGAGGGAAGGCAAAGCAAUCACUGGGCGGAGGUAAAGAACAGUAAGAUUGCAAGCUCAUGUGGUAAUAUGUUUGGUGGCAUGCUAUUUAAUGACCACCGACAGAGAAAGCGAACGCAAGGCAGACGUUCUCUUUCUACGCUGGCGUUUUCCUAUAGCUCUUCCACAAAUUCUCGCAAGGUUGCUUUGAAUUCCCCUGAUGGAGACGAUGAUGUGUUUGACGACUUCUUCUCUUCAGCCAGUCACCACAAGAACCCCAAGAGACACCUCUUGCCCGUUUUCCCUGACCUGACCGAUUUUGACAUCCCCACUGAGUUGGACUAUGUCCCAAAGAAAGGAAAACAAAGGAGAUGUAAAAGUGCUCUUACGGGAACUAACGGCUCAAAGAAAAGGAAAUUAGACGAUAGUGAACACAUUUGCAUGCCGCAGCCUGUUUUAAAUGCCUAUCCACAAAAUGAUUUCAAAGAAAAUCUGCCUGCUUUUGAUCAUCCAAAUGGUACCAGAACACUGGCUGCGAAAGGCAGAAAGCAAAGCACCUUACCAUUUGUAGUCGCCAGUGAAGCUGCAUCAGGGCUUCAAAAAGCAUCCGUCUUUGUUGAUCCAGCAAAGCUAACAGAGAAGAUGACAACCUUGGAACUGGAAAGUCACUCUGGUGUUUGUCAAUUAUGUCACACUUUUCAAAGCAGAGGAAGUGAAAGUUCGGCUCCAGUUACUUCAACAGAAAUCCCAAAGGACAACCAGGGGAAGCCCAAUAAGCGCCCCUGCUCUUUUUUUCAGAAAAUCAGCAGAGCAAAGUCGGUGAGAACACUGGUCAUGACAAGCAUGCCCACUCAGAAACAGAACACAGUCGUUCAGGUUGUGAAGGCACUGGGUGGCUUUUCUAUCGUUGAUCGAGUUUGUGAGAGUACAACUCAUGUGGUUUCUGGGGAACACCGGCGGACUCUGAAUGUUUUACUGGGCAUUGCUCGCGGCUGCUGGAUCCUCUCAUUUGAAUGGAUUGUGUGGUGCUUGGAGCAAAGGCAGUGGGUUCCUGAGGAACCAUAUGAACUUUCGGAGCAGUUUCCAGCAGCACAGAUCUGCCGUCUUCAGAAGCAUCUAUCUUUCGGAGACCACUACCAGCAGGACCUGUUCCAGGAUCAGCCACCCAUGUUUGUGUCCCAGCAUUCCCAGCCGCCUGCUCCCAGUUUGGUAGAGUUGAUCCAGCUGUGCGGGGGGAGGGUGUGUAAUUCUGUACGUCAGGCUGGAAUCUGUAUAGGGAGAUACAGCGGGAGGAGGCCAGUGGGAAGUAGGAUCCUGUCUGAGCAGUGGGUGCUUGACAGCAUCACUAAUUUGAAGAACCUUUCAUAUGAUAAUUAUGACUUGGUAUAAAAACGGCUGCACGCACAUCUUUCUGCCUCUCAUCUUUCUUUGGAAACGUGCUGAAGCUGAAUGUCUUGUAUUUCCUCAAGUAGUUAUCCCUCCAGGAGAGGUCAAGUGCAUCAUCUAAGGACAGAUCAUCACCUCCCUGAGAUAGACAAUUUUUUCCCCUAUUAGGGUAAUUCUAGGAAGUGUAUUUUUGUGUUACUUUUUUUUUAAUGGUAGACACUGACAUUAGUUAACUGUUGAGCCCAUUUAAAUCCCUUUCUUGGAUUGGGUGACCUUGAUAACUUCAUUGUUGCCAAAAAACAUUCUAAAAACAGCUGCCCUUACUGUUGCAUAUAAAUGCUUUCUCUGUGAAAUCAAAGUGUGGUGUACAAACGCAUGUUGUAAAUACGUUUCUUGCACAGUUUUAAUCACAUUAUUAGAUUAUGCAGAGAUGGUUUCUUCAAUAAUGAUUAGGGGGCUGCAUUAGCCUCUUGCGUGGUGGCGCUAUAUUGUGGACAUUGUGCAUUUCUCGAUAACGUAUUUGGUUUUGUUUAAAAUUUUUGUUUCAAUUGACAUGAAUUUUAAUAGUCAGUAAACAUUAAAAAAAGGCCUGCAGCCUCGUCACAGUUUACAUUAAUAUGGUAAAAUCUCUGAAAUAUAAAAUUCCUUUUUGUCUGUCGUUACGCAUCAACAACUGCAGUAGACUGUCUCAUUACAUUUUAACUUCGUGUUGUGUAAGUUGCACCACAUACGUACCGUGUUUCUGAAACAUGGUCCUUCUUUUUAAUGUCACUAUUUUUUUACAGUGACCUUUUCUCACAUCAAAUC